CGGGACGGGAUCUGCAGCUUCUCGUCCUGUGCCAGCUGCGGGAGGGGUGAGGCGGGCGGAGUCGCCGGCGGAUUCGCCUGCUGACGAGGGGGAGAGGCCGGGAACUCCCAGAGGAGCGGCGGGAAGCCCUUGACCCCACACCUCGCCCCGCCCGCCUCCCUGCCGGGCUCGGCUACUGCUCCACGGAGGAACUUUUCCACGGGGACCUGCCGGGUCGUGGCCCUCGAGGAGACAGAGAUGCUGUAAACUGCCAAUGAUGACCCAAGCUUAGAAUUGCAGAGGGAUUUCAUAGUGGAGUGAAAAGGACUUUAAUUAAUGGGCCAGGUUAUUAAGGCCUUUAUUGGAAGUGGAGUGGAGGUCAAGAGGCUUAAGGUUCACAUGUUCACAUUGCUUUGGAACUGAAGGAGAAAAGGACCACAGAUCCAUCUUUCUUCCUUUUGAGACCACCCUCUUUGCAGAGAAGUUAUGGAGAUGCUGAUAUAUGGCAGGGGAUGCAUUAUAUGUCUUCUGUUCUUCAUGGCUAACUUAACAAUAGCAGCAGAAUUGCCUGCAAUGGAGAUUGAGAUUCCACCAAGAGUUGAACAAGUGCCAACAAUUAUAAAACAGUCAACAGUACAAGUUGCAUUUCCUUUCGAUGAAUAUUUUUCACUUGUAUGUGAAGCUAAAGGAAAUCCAGAACCAAGUUUUAACUGGACAAAGAAUGGAAAUCCCAUCGAUUUACUCUCUGACCAGCGGAUAAUUGUAUCAAAUAAUUCAGGAACAUUUAAGAUUCCAAAUGAGGGAAAUGUAGCUGACUUUCAAGGGAAAUAUCGCUGUUUUGCGUCAAAUAAAUUAGGAACUGCCAUGUCUGAAGAAAUUGAAUUUAUCGUCCCAAGUAUACCAAAAUUCCCCAAAGAAAAAAUUGACCCUCUUGAAGUAGAAGAAGGUGAUUCAAUUGUUCUGCACUGCAAUCCCCCUAAAGGAAUUCCACCUUUACACAUCUACUGGAUGAAUAUAGAUUUGCAACACAUUCCACAAGAUGAAAGAGUAUACAUGAGCCAUAAGGGUGAUCUGUACUUUGCAAAUGUGGAAGAAAAUGACAGCCGAAGUGAUUACUGUUGCUUUGCAGCAUUUCCAAGACUAAGAACUAUUGUACAGAAAAUGCCAAUGAAACUGACUGUGAAGAGUUUAAAGCAUGCUAAUGACUCAAGUUCACGAAAUGCCACUCUUUCUAAGGCAAAUUCAAUCAAGCAGAGGAAACCAAAAAUGCUUUUGCCUCCUGACACUUCUGGCAGCCGUUCUUCAGUUACCUUCCUCAACGGUAGCACUCUCCUGCUUGAGUGUUUUGCUGAAGGCCUGCCAACUCCACAGAUAACCUGGAAAAAGUUGGAUGGAAAUUUGCCCAAGGACAGGGAAGCAAAAGAAAAUUUUGGAAAGACCUUGAAGAUAGAACAAGUGUCUAAUACGGAUGAAGGAACUUAUCUCUGCUCAGCAAGCAAUUUUAUGGGAUCAGCUAAACAUGAAUUUCAUGUUACUGUGGAAGAGCCCCCUCGCUGGACACAAAAACCUAAAAGCGGUGUGUAUAGUAUUGGGAGCAAUGCCAUCUUGCGAUGUGAAGCUUCUGGCAAUCCUCGGCCUGAAAUCAAGUGGAAAAGGAAUGGCUUACCUGUGAAUAAAGAAAAUCUUGUCUCCAGUGGUCAAAUCUUUCCAAGAGAGAUUAGUCUUGUCAACUUACAACUUGAUCAGAGUGCUGUGUAUCAGUGUGAAGCCUCAAACAAGCACGGCACCAUUCUGGCCAAUGCCAAUGUUGAUGUUUUAGAUAUCAUUCCAGUAAUGCUGACCUUAGAUGGUGAAAACUAUGCUGCAGUCAUUGGUUAUAGUGCUUUCUUGCAUUGUGGAGUUUUUUCGUCGCCUCCUGCAGAGAUAAUUUGGCAGAGGGAGGACAGUGUCACCCCCCUUGGAGGUCCACGAUUCUUUAAAUAUGAAAAUGGAACACUAGAGAUAAAACAAACAACAAAAGAAGAUUCUGGGUCAUAUAACUGUUUGGUGACCAAUAGCAAAGGAAAAACUGGAGUCACGGCCUACCUGGCUAUUAGAGAUGCUACAAAACUUAGAGUUUUGCCAAAGAAUCCUAAAGUUUUGAAAUCACAUUUGCUGGUUUUGCAAUGUCAAAUAGAGCUUGACUCUCAUUUGAAGCACAGUUUAAAAUUAUCCUGGACUAAAGAUGGAAAUGAGCUUGAAAGCAAUGGCACAGAAGGUGACAGGAUAAUGAUUGAAAUGAAUACAUUGUCUAUAUCAAAUGUCACUUUAGAGGAUGAAGGUGUUUACUCCUGUUUAGCUAGCACGUCUCUAGACAGUGUCAAAGCUGACUCUCAUGUAAUUAUCCUUGAUGUUCCAGAUUCACCUGAUAAUCUACACCUUUCAGAAAAGCAGAAUAGGAGUGUUCGGCUGACUUGGAAAGCUGGGAAUAGCCACAACAGCAUAAUUAAUGAAUUCAUUAUAGAAUAUGAAGGGAAUAAAGAGGAUUCUGAAAAGUGGGAAGAAUUAAUCACAGUUCCAGGGAAUGAAACUACAGUCAUUUUAUCACUGGCUCCUUAUGUAAAAUACAAGUUCCGUGUUAUUGCCGUGAAUAGUGUUGGGAGAAGUCAACCUAGCAAGCCCUCGGAACAUCAUGAGACACCUCCUGCAGCUCCAGACAAGAAUCCAGAAAACAUAAGGGUCGAUGCUUCUGAACCAAAUGAAAUGAUCAUGAAAUGGGAGCCUUUGAAGCCCAUGGAGCAGAAUGGACCAGGACUGGAGUACAGAGUGAGUUGGAGGCGCCAGGGGGUUGAAACGGACUGGAAUGAAGAAACUGUAAAAAAACAUGUCUUGGUGUUGAAGAACACCCCCACCUUUGCUCCUUAUGAUAUCAAAGUUCAAGCAAUAAAUCAGUUUGGUUCUGGACCUGAGCCCCAGGUAGCAACUGGAUAUUCUGGAGAAGACUAUCCUGAUGCAGCUCCAUUGAAUGUUGCUGUGAAUAUAAUAAACAGUACACUUAUUAAUGCAACCUGGUCUAAAAUCCCCAGAGAAAGGGUACAUGGACACCUAAAAGGAUAUAAGAUCAGUUGGUGGAAAACAAAAAGUUUGUUGGAUGAAAGAAAACAUCGCCAAGAAAAACACUUUUUAGUGUUUUGGGGAGACAGAGACCAUGGCAUGGUUCCUGGCCUAGAACCAUAUAGUGAAUUUCAUUUAUCUGUCUUAGCCUUUAAUUCAAAAGGUUCUGGACCUGAAAGUUCACCUAUUAUCUUUCAAACCCCAGAAGGAGUACCUGAACAACCAACUUUCCUAAGGAUUCUCAAUUUUGAUAAGAAUGCUGUAACUUUAUCUUGGGGGCUUCCUAAGAAAGCAAAUGGCCGCCUAUCAGGCUACGUUUUGCAAUACCAAAUAAUAAAUGAAACAUAUGAAGUUGGAGCAUUAAAUGACAUCAACAUUACAAACCCUUCAACACUCAGCUUGAGGCUCUCAGAUCUUAACUCGACCACGAAAUACAAAUUCUACUUGAGGGCAUGCACUUCAAAUGGCUGUGGAAAACCAAUAACAGAAGAAGGCUGGACAAUAGGAGAAGGGAGUAAAAGUACUGGGAAGAUUUCAGAAGCAGUAAACCCCACACAAAAGGUUCACCCAGUUGAGGUCCUUGAACCUGGAACUGAGCAUACAGUUCAUCUAGUGACUAAGAAUUGGGUUGAUAACAAUAGCAUUUUUGAAGAUGUAAUUGAGACAAAGGGGAGAGUGUAUGCUGGCAUAUACAAUGGACUCUCCACCCAGGGCUGGUUUAUUGGAUUGAUGUGUGCAAUAGCUCUCCUUACAUUAAUACUGCUAACUAUUUGCUUUGUCAAAAGAAACAAAGGUGGAAAAUAUUCAGUGAAAGAAAAGGAAGAUUUACAUCCAGAUCCAGAAGUUCAAUCGAUAAAAGAUGAAACUUUUGGAGAAUACAGUGACAGUGAUGAAAAACCACUCAAGGGAAGUCUUCGGUCCCUUACCAGGGAUAUUCAAGUCACCGAGAGUGCUGAUAGCUUGGUUGAUUAUGGAGAGGGAGACCACGGACAGUUCAACGAAGAUGGUUCAUUCAUUGGUGCUUACAAUGGAUCUAAGGAAAAAGGAUCUGUUGAAAGUAAUGGAAGUUCUACAGCAACAUUUCCACUUCGGGCAUAAACUCAACAUGCAUAAGCAACAUGGGUGGUUAAUUUCAAUCUUAAUACAUGUAUCGAUACUUGUAAAAUCAAAUUUUACCACACUGGAUCAGAAAUGGGUUACAGAUGAGUUUUGUCAAAAGCCCAGCUUUAAGCAACUAUACUAAGAAAUGUGUCACUUCCACAAAAGGAUAAGUUAAUCAAACUCUUCCAACACUGUAUGGGAUACGCACAUUGUGGAAGAACAAAGACAAACAGUCCAGAUUCAAUUCAGUAGGUCCCAAACCACCGGUAAUCAGUGUUACAUAUGUGCCUGUAUUUGCUGUUUGGCGUGUUCUCAUAAUUCUUGACUUGUAUGCUUUCAUCACUUUGAAUGCCCACUUGCAUUCAAUAUCACAGUGUUGCAUAUCAUGACCUUAUUUCCUAGAAGUUGAAAAAUGGAAAAAAAAAGAUGGAAAUUAAAAUCACAUGGCAUGCCUCAUUGAAAGAAUUCACGAAAGAAAAACAUUCUACAUCUGCUUAUUCAAUGUUGAAUAUAAAGGAGUCUGUUUAUGUGAUUCUAGUUAGGUGACUGUGAUUCAUCCAGAUCUGGUUUGGUGUCCAGUUUUCCCAAAGGAAAAAAGCUCACACAAGUUUCAGAAACUUUGAUAAUGUUUGUGCUGCUUUUUUGGGCUCUUUUUGGUAGUCAUCAAUUAAAGAGCCAUCUGCCGUAGAAUGUCUGCUUGCUACAGAACAGGAUUGGGUAUUCAUACAGUGCAGAGACAGCCUGUUUUCAACUUCAAAUCCUCUCUAAGAGCCACAUUUCUUCACUUACCGUUCUUGCUUGCUCCAUGUGUGUAUAUCUGAAUGCUAGCAUACAAUUCAUGAAUGCAUUGUACAUAUUAUGUUAAUAUUUACGCAAUUUAAAUAUAGAUGUGUUUCAUUUGGAAGUGAGGCAUGGCAUUAAAUGUGGGCACCUAUACAGUCAUGGUAUUUGGAAAGGGAUCUUUUUGCACCUUGCAGAACUACAGCAGUUAAAAUGAACUUUCAAAUUGGAAAUGGAUUUGGAGUAACUUUUUCAAGUCUUUCUCAAAAUAAAAUAACUUCUGAAUAUGGAAGGUAAUUUUUUCAUAUUGUUUUCAAUAUAUUUAUUUUUCAGUUAACUGGGUUUGUAAAAAUGCUUGAAGUCUAGAUUCCUUUGGGCAUGGUUGCCUGCAUCUUAUUUCAAGCAUCUUCAAUCUUCUUUGUUGUCAUUCUGUUUCACUCUCUGAAGCUCAGUUAAGCCUUAGAACUGUUUUUCUGGCAUAUAGGAUAACACUCAGUUUUUAAUUAAAUAUAAAUUUUGUGUGAAAAAGUUAACAAAUAAUCCACUUCAACUCCAGUUAAAUCUAGCUUUUUAUUGUGGUGUUAACACAAUUUUAACUGCUUUAAAAGCAUCUAUUAGAAAUGUAUUGGGUGAAAAUUAUUUACUCAGCAUUCAAUUUUAUGGCUGAGGGCUCUUAAUGCAUAUUGAUAGUGAAAAUGUAACAUCUGAUUACUUAGUACCAUAAGCUAAAUUCUUGACUUAAAUCUAUUUAUGGCCCCACCUGAGGAUAUUUGAAAUAGUCAUAGGAUUGGGAUUCACCAAUUUUCAACCUAUCAUCUUUUGCAUUCCAAUAUAUAGACAGAAAAUGAAUGGUACCUACAAACAAUGCAUCUGAGGCUAUGUGAAACAAGUAUUCUCAGAUUGCGUUAUAUUGUUGGAUGGAUCCCAAAUGCAUUUUCUUCCUCUCUAUUUGUAUGUCUACCUGGUGCUAGAAAGGGUUAAGGUUAAGGUGAAAGAGAAAGCUCUGAGGGAAAGCCAAGUGUGGCCCAUUGACAGCUAGACAAGCCUUUUUUUCUUCUUUCAAAAAUCUCAAUUCUCCUUCCUAAUACACAGAACACACUAGUGAAAACAUGUUUUGGUGAAAUAUUCUGUUAGCCAGAACUAGUUUCCACAUAAUGUGCUUGUUUGGUGCAUCAGUGAAUUUCUUCCCCAAAUGAUUGCCUAAUGUCCAUGAGCUCAACUACAGUAUCCAUUGGAAAUAAUUUUAAAUGAUAGGAACUCCUCCUGGCCUUUUAAAGCCCCAGAAUCUCCAUAUCAAAGAACCUUGAUCUGUGAUUUACCCAGAUUUCCAUUGCAGGAAUGUAUACAUAUGACUUAAUCUCCAGCUAUGAAAGAACUACAGUUACUGGCUCACAAAAAUGUCCAAGGAUGUACAAUUUGGAGAUUAUUCCUGAUUCUGUGUGAAUGAGUCUUUCUCCUUAGCAUUGCAUCAGCAAAGGGAUACUUAUUCCCGCUUAUUCCCGCUUAUUCGCGCAUCUCUUCUCUCCUCACCAAAAAGAAACAAAUGACCUUCCUUGCUACUUGAGAUAGGUUGCUGACCUCAGAACCCAGGCUCAUGACUUCAGUCCCAGUUUCUGUAUGCAGUAGGUUUUGUAGGCCAGAAAAAUGGACAAAUACUUUAGAAUCUGGACAGUCCUGGCGAAUUUGGUUACCUACUUUGUACCGAUCUUCAACUUAGACUGUAAACUCAUUGUGGGCAGGAAACGUGUCUAGCAACUCUCUUAUGUUGUACUCUCCCAAGUGCUUACUACAGUGCUCUGUACACAGUAAGUGCUCAAUAAAUACAAAUGACUGAUUUAUUAAUUCUCUUGUUUAUGUUAAAUGCUUAGAUUUCUAUAUCUGAGCUGGAGCAUAUACAGCACAAGGUUCAGUUUAGUUCUAAUGGUCCCACCACUAUCCGGGACUCAUAGUCCAGAUUCCCAGAGUGUUUAGGGAUCCUAUGUCCCCAGCACCCUAUUUCAAGUUCAUUGAGAUGGGAGAGAAAGGCAUUCAAGCUUGAGAUGGUGUCCCAUGUCCUGUUUUUUUGUUUUUGUUUUCACAAAAACUAUGUGAGUAGCCUAGAGAUAAGGGAAAUGAUGGUCAGUCGAGAGAUAGAGACUGAGCUAAAGAGUGAGGAAGAAAAAAUGUCAAUUCUUUGAAUUGCCGCACAACCCUAAUUCAAAAAGAUCACAUUUUCUAGGUAAGGAAAGGCAGGCUCACUUAUUUUCUUGAGUGAAUUAUCCAACUACAGGACUCGGAGUGCUUAAGAUGUGUGUAGGGCCUAUUGUAUCAGCUAUGAUAUCUAACUUCUAAUAUGAUUGCUUUUGAUAUACUGGCAUGGCUAUAUCAUGAAGCAUUGGUAUUUUGAUCAAUGUGAGUUUAGUAUCAACUGUUCUAGGCAAUAUGCUAUCAACUAUUGCUAAGUUGUAUCAUGUAUAUAUUUUGCAAGCCACGAACUCAUAUGGAUGCUUUUUUCUAUUAAAAAAAUUCAAAAAAGUUCUUAAUUGUGUUUCUCAUUAUGCCUCAGGAUCUCAAUAGUGUACCUUUGCGACCUGUGUUUCCUGAUUAUUUUAAUUGUGCACUGGCAUUUUUAGAAUUGGCCCACAAAGUGUUCAAUGCCCCCAAAUUCUUAGGUCUGAAACUAGCACUUUGCUCUAUAGUUACUUUAUCUGCAGUUAACUAUAAAACAUUUUUCUUCUUUAUGCUCAGCAUAUUGUGGUACAAAUAGAUCCAAAUUAUAUUUUCAAAAGAUGCUGUUGGAAAACACUCUAUGCUCUGUAUUUUGAAAAGUUUAAGCAUUUUACUCUAAUGCAAUUCUACCCUGAGUUUCAAAAGUCCAUUUCGAAGGUCCCCUUUGUUAUCUCCCAUAAAACUCUCAGUCUUCAUAUAGUCACAUUCGAUCCAUUUCCAGGAAUUGGGAGUGGGGCAGGAUUGUCUACUAUUCAGAGGGCUAGACCAAGAUUGGAAGGUCCAAGUCCACCACUGACUUACUGAGUGGUCUCAGGCAAAUUGCUUAACCUCUCUGUACUUCAGCUCCCUGAACUCUACAGGAGAGCUGAUGAUCAAAUUUGCUCCUGCCAAUAUCACAGGGUUUUAUGAAAAUUAAUGAAAGAAUAGCUGAAAAAGCUAAGAUGUCUUCUAUUAAAGGCAUUAAACAAGGUACGAUAGGGUAAAGUAUGUCUGAGAACCUAUAAAAAUGAUAUGCAGGUAUUUAUUCAUGUUAUAACAUCCCUCUGCAUUUAAAAUUUCCACUGUUUAGUGGAGCCUUUGCUUAGAGCAAUGAUGAAAUGCACCUUCUGUGAAUAAGAUCUUGCAUAUAUUAUUAAUAGAAAUACAAACAGGUAGGCAGUCAGUACAAACUCAGAAAUUUUCCCUGUGAGCAUAUAAAUAUAUUUUUAUAGAAAAACAAAUCUACAGGAAUUGUAAAGAUGCCUACUGUUCUUUCAGGAGUAUGCCUUUAAAAAAAUGAAUCUGAUGAAAAAGAAGCAGGGUCUUUGCUAUACUAAAGUGUUUUUCCACUAAUUUUACAUGCAUAUUUAUAAGAAAAUGUUUAUGAAUUUGGUGGGUUUAGUCUAUUUGGUAUAUGGACAUCUAAUAUUUUAAGUAUGCCCAUGUUUUUAAAAAAAUAUAGAGCACAAUGCAAUUAUGCUGGAAGUCUCAAAUAAUAUUUUUUUCUAUUUUAUACUCAUGGUACAAAAGAUAAGCUAAAGAGAGAACAUUAAUGGCAAGUAUGGUCAGUUCUUUAAAGCAUAUAAAAUAUGAUUGCCAUUUAAAACCCUAAAUAUGUUUACAUCUCAUUAGGUUUAUGAUGCUUAUAACAAUCUCAAAUCAAUUCUAAAGGGAUUGGGUUUGUAGCCUGCAGUAGUUCAUUCAAAUUUACAUGUAGUGAAAUAGGUGGGGUUGAGCCAAAGCAUCCUUAAUUUUAUUUGACAUUGCAUCAUCCGAAGAGGUAAAUGAAUAUGUGUACCAAGUUAAACGGUUUACUUUUUUAGAUUAAUAUUCUUAAUGGAACUUUAGUAAAGUGGAGGAAAAUGUGUUUGUAUUGUAGUUGCUGUUUGUAUCAUGCUUAUGUAUAUGUAUGGUUUCAAAAAUAUUGCAUUAUACGUGAAAUUCAACCUUGCUAAUAAAAGUUUGACUUUGUGUAAUCUUAAAAGAA